AGUGUGAGUAUGAGUAAGUGAAAGAGACUCGUGGGAGAGAGACGUCGAGUCACACACACACACACACUCACACAUAGACACUGUAUCAGGGAGGAGUGAGAGCGAGUGUGUGUGUGUUUGUGUGUGUAUUAUGUGUGUGUGUGCGUUCGAGUGAGGAGUCAGUGUGUCUUACCCCUACAGGAGUGAUCGGUUGGACGUCUCACUCUCUCUCCCUCUCUCUCUCUCUCUCUCUUUCUAUGUCUGCGAAGCCGCCUUCUCUCUGCUUGUUCGAGUGUUGCUCUGCGGCAUCGUCUUCGUCGGGACGUUAUGGUUAGAUUCGGCGAGGGAAAAAUGGAACGAACGUGAUUACUAAGGUUUUUAGCGCGACCCAAUGACAGUGGAAGAAACUUUCUGCAUCGCAUAACUAACGCCAGGGUUGGUGAAGAGGAAAUGAGCUCUGGCAGUCGUGUGAUUAAAAGUGUCCGUCACGGGGCUCCUCGUCAGUCAUGUUCUGUGUUCGGUGUUCUCAUCGUCGGUGCGUAGAAAGCGCCGAUAAGAAGCCAGAUAACCAAGGAGAUAAGUCGUGCAGAUUAUAAUAUGGUUUACGUGUCAUUCAGUGUCUGUGAGGCUGCUAUCAGGCGAAGAUGGUAGUUGGAAUGCUAUUGUGGAAAAUCGUUCCUGAAAGGGGAUUCGAUGGACGACUUUUCCGAAAAUGUGAUGUGCUAUAAAAGUAGUGCUGUGCAGACCGUCGUAGCUUCAAUCCAUCCCACACCAAAAAAGGAAAUUCCCUUCAAGAGAGGGUUCAAUGCUGUGAAAAUAUUGCUUCACAAAAAAGAAAAAAUAAAAAGUGAUAAAAAGCAGCGAGAAACAGUAUCUUCCCACCAGAUAGAAGUGUUGGCUUUAGGUUGGGAUGCGACGGGAUGCACUAUUGCCCUUUCGUACGUGCAUGUGAAUGUUGUUGCCACUGUGUACAGCGCUUAUUUGGCAUUAAAGCGUAGCGAUGGCAGCCUGAAACGCCAGUUCUUUUGAAAGAGAGUUUUGUGAUAUAUAAAUUGAAUGUUAAGCGUCGAGUUCGGGCUACAGAUUGUUCUGGCUCACCCUGUUGUGUUGUGUUGAAUGUUACCGGGUUAUAAGUGUGUUUGUUAUUCAUAUUCGUUGAAAUGUUUGUUGUAUUUUAGUGAAAUGAGAAAUAAUUUGGCAUGAUCAUUGUUGAAAACUGUUAUUUGCAAGUUUUGUAAAAUAUAUAUAUACAUAUGAAGGGUGCUGUUUUUAUAGAAAACACAGUCGUAGCAGACCUUGGCAUCAGUGUUUGAAUUCUCUGCUUGAGUGGUUGUGUCAGUGGAAGGAGCGAAGAGAAAUCCUUCAUGGCCCUGUUUUCCUACGAAUGUAAUGCGUAACGUGGCCAGCAGCUCUUGACGUCGAUUGGCCUCGAUGAAAAACGCGACGACGAUGAUUAGGGAAAUCGUCGCCCGAGUCACGGGAAUGUAAGCUAUGUUGGUCAUCACUGGGAGAGUCCAUGAGGGCGACAGAAUUGUGGUGAUGAGUGGCUCGAGGGUAUGGCCCAAAUUAUGGGGGUGGCCUUGCUGCAGCAGUAGGGAGGAGCGUCAUUGUCCGUUGUAGCAGUUGGCUCCCCUCGCGCAGAAAUGGGGGCAUGCGUUGGCACCCGCAGCAGAAGGGCAGAGGCUCUUCUUGCUGCACGUCCGUUGCCUGACCUGCCUGACUUGGUUAGUGGGAGCGCGGGUGGCGUUGGGCUGGACGCCAUGGGGGGGCCAGGCCCCCCGGACGGCGGCCAGCAGCCCCACAUGGGAGGAGGUACCUUCACUGCCAUUCAGCCCUCGUCAGCUGCUGCCACCCAUCCACAAGCAGCCAACCUGCCCGUGGCCACCCCUUCAUCGUCGCCGUCUCCCGCCCAAGUCACCUCGGUACAAGCGUCGGACGUCGUGGCCACCAAGUGGCACUCGAGGGAGAACCUUCUGGCACCCGAGGAGGAGGGCGACCCGCAGCUCUUCGUCGCCCUCUACGAGUUCCGAGCUCAAGGGGACAAUCAGCUCUCCCUCCGGAAGGGAGAGCAAGUCCGUGUGCUGAGCUACAACAAAUCAGGCGAGUGGUGCGAGGCUCACGCCCCCUCCGGGGAGGUGGGGUGGGUACCGUCCAAUUAUAUCACGCCCGUCAACUCCCUUGAAAAACACUCGUGGUACCACGGUCCCAUCUCUAGGAACACUGCUGAGUACCUCCUCUCUUCCGGUAUCAACGGAUCCUUCCUGGUGAGGGAGUCAGAGAGCUCACCGGGACAGAGGUCCAUCUCUCUCAGAUAUGAUGGGAGGGUCUAUCACUAUAGGAUCAACGAAGAUGAAAAUUCUAAGCUAUACGUUUCUUCAGAAUUUCGUUUUAACACUUUGGCUGAGUUAGCCCACCACCACUCUCAGCAUGCCGACGGUCUUAUCACUCAGUUAUUGUAUCCAGCGCCCAAAAGAAACAAGCCCACAGUAUUUGGACUGACCCCAGGUAAUAAUGAUUCUGGACCCACUUUAUUCGGACUUAAUUCAGCGGAACCUGAUGAGUGGGAAAUUGAAAGGACAGACAUCGCCAUGAAGCAUAAGUUGGGAGGAGGUCAGUAUGGCGAUGUCUACGAAGCGUUGUGGAAGAGACAUAAUAUCUAUGUUGCAGUGAAGACUCUGAAGGAAGAUACAAUGGCACUGAAGGACUUUUUAGAAGAGGCAGCUAUAAUGAAAGCUAUGAAACAUCCUAACCUAGUGCAACUAUUGGGAGUUUGUACCAGAGAACCUCCCUUCUACAUAGUCACAGAAUUUAUGACCCGAGGCAACUUGUUAGACUACCUUAGGAACUGCAGUCAUGAUGAAGUGAAUGAGGUGGUGUUGUUGUACAUGGCCACUCAGGUUGCAUCAGCUAUGGAAUACCUGGAAGAAAGAAACUUUAUACAUAGGGAUUUAGCAGCAAGGAAUUGUCUAGUUGGCGAAAAUCAUUUAGUCAAAGUAGCUGACUUUGGGUUAGCAAGACUUAUGAGGGAUGACACCUAUACAGCUCAUGCUGGAGCUAAAUUUCCCAUAAAGUGGACAGCUCCGGAGGGUCUUGCAUAUAAUAAAUUUUCUACUAAGUCUGAUGUGUGGGCAUUUGGAAUUCUACUUUGGGAAAUUGCCACGUAUGGGGUAUCUCCAUACCCUGGAGUAGAUCUUACCAAUGUUUAUCAUUUACUUGAGUCUGGAUACAGGAUGGAUUGUCCACAGGGUUGUCCCACUCGUGUCUAUGACUUGAUGAAGCAGUGUUGGCUGUGGAGUGCUGGUGAUAGACCGACAUUCUCUCACAUUCAUCAUGCCUUAGAAACUAUGUUCCAAGAAACGUCCAUUACAGAAGAAGUGGAGCAGCAAUUGGCAGCUGGAGGAGGAAGAAGAGUUAGAGGAACCUCAACAGGUCCUCAUCAGCAAUGGAAUGAAGAGCAGCUACCAACUAGUCCCCGUACAUCAUCAGCUAGGCAGCGAAGUAACAAAAACAAACAUGGUGCAGUUGAGGAGGGUAGUAGUCCAAACCUUCCAAGGGAGGUACGACCCAGUCCUGGCAUCCUUUCUGCACGUUCUACUGUUGUGCAGUUAAGAAGAACAACUAAUAAGAAGGGGAAACAAGCACCAGCACCACCAAAGAGAACAAGUUCCUUCAGGGACAGUACGUGUACGGACCAAGAACUUCCCGGUGGAAUGGCAGGAGAUGAACUCAAUGAAUUCAAUGGUAUAGACAAAAUCUUUGAAGGUAUACAAAAGGACUUGGCUGAUCUUGCUAGCAGUAAUGAUGCAGAAAGUGAAAGUGACCUGAGGGAAAGAACACCAGAUACUGAAGACUCCGGGGCCCAAUCUCUUCCAGCGACUCAGGGCAUGGCAACUUCACAUUCAACCUUUAGAGCUGAACCACCUCACUUGCAGUCUUUCCGUCAAAAACCAUCGAUUGGUCUACGUGAUCCCAAGGCAUCAGGUGACAGAAUACGACGUGGUAGGAUGGAGAAGUCUGAAAGCCAGAGUGGUACCAUUGGAAGCAGACAUAUAACUGUUGCUGCCCUUGAAGUCCAUAAUGUCAAGAGAGCAAUCAAUCGAUAUGGCACUUUACCUAAGGGCGCAAGAAUAGGUGCAUACUUAGAAUCACUUAGACAAAGUGGGCUCUCGCAAGGGGUGCCUCCAACCGAUGACCAAUCUGCUGAUCAAGAUGACCAGGAGCGUGGCCAACCUGAAGGACAGGUUGAUCAAGAAGAAAAUAAGGAAUUAGAUCAGAAUGCUGUUUCAAUGAUUCGUAGUAAUUCCACACAAAGUGGGUUCCCUCCACAGUCACCACUCAUAUCUAGGUUAAGUCCUCGACUUCAGUCAUUACGAGGUGAUAAGCGAAGUAAAGAGCCAUCAUUAGCAGAUUUAGAGUUUCCACCACCGCCAAUGGAUUUACCUCCUCCCCCUGAUGAUUUUAUGGAAGAAAAUCAGUCCACAUCUAUGGAGUUUCCCCCACCUCCUGGAUCAGAUCAAGGAAUAGGGACAUCUUCUCCAGAGUCUCGUAGGAGACUAGCUCAAAAGCCCAUACCUUCACCUCGAGGACGGCGAAAAACUGAGUAUUCUUGUAUUAGUCCACAGAAGGUACCGACUCAACCUGCGCAAGACAGUCAACAAGGGGCUGGUGAAGGUUCAGAGUCCCCACAAGCUGAAAGAACUACACUUAGUAUAACCCGUCAAAAGUUACGCGAUUCGGAAGCUGAGAAGCCACCAGUCAGAACUAAGCCAAGCUUAGAUUCUAAUCUCGACAGUGAUGUAAACGAUAGUAGCCCGGGAUCAAGGUUUGGUGUGAGUUUAAGACAUCGUGAUCAAUCCUCAGAUUCCUGUGACAGUUACAAGUCAACUGAUAACCUUUCUCCAAGGGCACUACUUAAUAGUUCUAAAGUCAAAGCAAAAUCUAGCACUAAUCUUGCAAAAAGUCCUGGGUCUUCAUCUGCAGAUACUGAAGGUUUGCAGACUCCAUCAUCCCCAGUUGGAGAUGAUGCUCAAAUGCCAUCAUCUCCUGCUGGAGGAAAUGGCAGUCCCCCAUCUGUAGAUGCAGCAUCUUUAGCUUCACGUGAUGGCAGUAUAGAAGAACUUUCAUCAGAAGAGCCAAAGGUAGUUUUGGGAUUAGGUAUUAAUCAUGAGGUUAAAGAGAGUUUAGAGUUAAAAUUGGUAUCAGAGUUAAAGGAGGCCGAUGAUAAAAAAGAGCAGAGUUCUGAGUCUGUUGUUGUUGAAGAAGGUUCUCCUGAUAGUCAGAAGAAUCCUGCUGUACAACUUGUAUCGGAGCUUUUUGAAAGUUUAUGCCAAAAAACCAACAAAUCUGGAGAUUCUGCAAGGAUUGAUAAUGGAAAUGUUGUUAAUAUUGAACAGAAUACAAAAGGUGAAUCAGAAAAUGCAAUUGUAAAAGACACUAGUAAUCAGAUAGGUUUUAAAGCUAGUUUAAAGAAAGUUAAAAGUAAUUUUGAAAAGAACAAUUCUGAUAAGGAACAAAGGAAAAUUAAUUUUAAAGCUCAGCUUCGAAAGACAGAUACCAGUAAGAGUGUAGACGAUUGUUUGAAUACUGAAAAUGAUCCACAUAGCACUUUAAUGGAUUUCCGAGCACAACUAAGAAAAACGAAUGUCGUAAAAGAUGAUGAAAAUGAAGCCAAAACUCCUGAAGAAGAUGCUUCUCCAGCAGAUCAACAGGAAAAUAAUGAAAGAGUGUCAAGUCUAGUUAAUAAGAAGAAUGAAAAUAAUGGAAAGAAUGAGCAGAGCUGUGACUCGGGAAUUAAGAGUGAUAUUAUGAGUGAAAGUGUAACAAGUAUUCAGAGUGAAAAGCGUGAUAGUAUACCAGGUGAGAAACGAGACAGUGUACAAAGUGAUACAUUAAAAGUAAAUGAAGAAGAGGAUGCCAAACGUUUUAGCUCAAGUAGCAUAAGUAGUUUAAAGAAAUUAUGGGAAAAGCAGGAUGCUGACAAACUUGCCAAGUCUGAUCCUAAUCAAACUAGUCCCAAGUAUGCUCCUUGUGCAUACAAACGGCCUGAAUUGCCAAAGUUAAUAAAGGGAGAAAAAGACUGUAGUACUCCUGACAUUCCUCCUUUGAAAAAGACUCCUGAAGAUGAAGGUAAAGUAGGGAAAUUAGAAAAGAGGAUGUGGCCUCCAGUGAGUGGUGAAUCAGACCAUAAGCCAAGUGAUGGGAAGCCCUCUGUGCCUGUCAAGCCUGUGGUGAAGAGCUUUAAACUGCCUCCACCUCCUGCUGGAAUUAAACCACCUCCACCAAAGCCAGCUGGAAUAUAUGCUACUCCUUCUGUUAUUAGGCCACCAACAGUUCCUGUUAUCUCAGUAAAGAAAGAAGGGAAAGAUAAUGAAAGUAAAGAAUCUAAGUUGCUGAAAGAAUCUACCCCUCCUGCUACAUCAGGAAAUCCACCUCCAGCUACAUCAUCUGGAGGAACUCUUCCCAGUGACAGUGUUAGUGGUUCCUCUAGUAGUAGCUCAGAGAAAGCUGGUUUAAUAGAGCAAGGAAGGGGUUUAGAAAGCUCCAUUGCUUCUUUGAGAUCUGAAGGCUCUACUGCCACAGUUGCAGCUUGUAUUCAGUCUGCUCAGAAAGUGUCUGGCUUCCACCGUGCAUGUGGAGAUUACAUGGAUAACAUUCCACCACAGAGUCGGUUUCAUAUGCGUGAAUUACUUACCCGCCUUGAGUUACAAACUAGACAGCUACGUUCAGCAGGUGGACGCUCAAUAGAACACAAUGAAAAGCUCUUUUUAGAAAUAGAAAACACGGUAAAAGACGUAACCAACACAGUACUGCGUUAGAUCAUAAAAACUUAUAGGAACAAUUGAUUGCAGUUCCGUAUAUUCUGAAUUUUUUUAUAAGAAUACUAAAGUGCUGUCUUCUGAUGUUUUAUAGAAGAGGAGUGGCUCUAGAAAAUGGAUUUUGUACAGUAGUUUUACAGGAGGUGAAUAUUGUUCAUUGCUCAUCAGUCCAUAAAAUGAAGUCAUUACUCAGAAUGGUAGUUGUGAGUAGGGGAGAGGAUGCUGUGAAUUCUGUAUAGUUAAGCCUUGAUAUCACUAUAUGGUCCAGUGUAGAUUCUCAUUUUGAAUGUGCUAAUGACAAUACUCUUGCAUUUAAAGAUGUGUGAAACUGUGUAUUGUCUGGGGUUAAGAGAGGUUCUUUUCCUCUUCUUGCUCUUGUGUUCUUCUUUGUGGAGAUGCCAUUCAGAUUGACGAAUAGGAGUGAAAUUUGUAAUACAGUGAAUUUUUAAAAUACUGUAAUUGUAAAUUAUAUAAAUUUCAAGAACUGUUCACUAUCCCAUAGAACUGUUCUUUGUUUUGUAAUAAUGUAUAUGAGACUGCUGAAUGCCUGAAUGAUUAAAUGGUUGCAUAUGUCUUCAGCGUGAUAGUACCAACCUGUUAUGUUGUGUUUACAUAACUCUGAAUUUUAUUAUUACAGUACGAAUUUGAUAGAAACAUGGAAGGUCUUAUUUGAUUAGAAACAUGAAAGGUCUUUUUUAAUUGGGAGAAAAACAUUACUUUCAUUAGGUAGCUUUUUGAGCAUGAAGUUUUUCAUUCAAAGGUGACAGCUAUGUAAGGAGGAUAUUGAUAAAUUAUGGUUGGUGCUUUUGUAGCCUAGGUUGGUUGCCAUUUUAAUUGGGAUAUUACCAAUGAUUGAAUAUUUUUUUCCUUUUGAAGUCUGUCAUUGAUGUAUUCUUAAUACUGAAGGAUUCAUUGCUGUUUUAUACAAAUGCUAGUCUUUUUUUAUUAUGUAUUUAGAGAUCAGCAGUGAAUGAUUGCCUACUCAUUUUUUGGAAAGUGAAUUAACACAGCCAGUGAGUGUGUUGUGGGUGCUUCUAUGUCCAUGGAUCUUAAUCAGGGACAUGUUCUUUAGGACACAGUGCUGUGUAUCUUUAAAUAGCAAAACUUAAGUAUAUCUUCUGUUGUACAGCUGUUUACACAUUUUCUACAAUGCAUAGUCUUCUGAGCUAUGCCCAUUUUACACAAUGUGAUGGCAUUCCUACACUGUUGUAUACAUUUCUCCAAAGUUAAAAGUAAGCCAUCAUAAGGUACAGUGCUUUGCCCUACAGAAUACACCCCUUGUGCACUUUUCACUUAAUUCUAUUAAUAUUAUUGUCGUCAAUACUUUUCAAUUAUGAUCAUUUGGAGCCUCAUACUUUGCUUUUCUCUUUUGUAUUUCCAUCUUGUAUUUUAUGUUGUUAUUGUGUUGUGCUACUCUUGGCUUUCCUGUUCCAUUCUCUCAAAUGUAUAAUAAUUCAUCAUCAUCAUCACAUUUCAUCAUCACUGACUUCAUGAUCACAAUUGUCACCAUCAUUAUUGCUGUCAUUUCAUGGUCUUGAAAUCAUUCAUGUAAGCCACAUCCCAUUCAUAAAACUUUCAAUUAGGCCUCUUCAUUUUAUUGACCUCAUAUUGAUAGUGUACAGUAUUUUUAUUUUUUUCUUUUCUAUGACAUAGAGUUUUCUUACUCUUGGAAUCUUGGUUGCUUGACGUUUCAUAAAAGGAGGAUAAUCUUGCCAACAAGCAGUCUUUGAGUUUAAAGAAGUGUUGUCUAUAACUAUGAAAGUGGAUUUGAUUUUGUGAUAUUAGCAUGUCUUGUAGGCCCAUUCUUUUGCGCAUAUAUUGAAAACAUAAAGAGUAAUAAAAACAAUGGACAAAAACAUAGCUGAUUGUGUAUUAAAUGACAUAAGUGUUCUUAUGUAUAUGUAUCAGGUUAAUUGACGAUACAUUAUGUAUAAACUGAACUAUAUAUUUAGGCUAGCAGAUGGUUUGGAGUGUAAUCUCUUCAGUAGAGUAGCAUCAUCAGCUAUUUGUGAAUUUAUUAUUGGUUAUGUGAAUAGGUUUAUGCCAUGUACAUGAAAAAAUUAUUUUCUGAAGUAAUCCAAGCCUGUUUUUGUGCUGUUUUCCCCCUCCAACUCCUAUGGAGUUGAUAAUGAUGGGAGGGAACAUUCUUGUGGUGUGUUUACAUCUCUUUACAUUUGUGGUUGAUGAUGCUUGAAUAAAAGAAAGAAAACUGAAAUGUUAAACAUAGAGGUCAAAUUGUAUUGUUUGUUUCUGUGUGAUGUUAACUACCUUUUACCGUCAAGGUACAUAAAGUCUGCAGAGUGUCUACACUUGUGUGUCUUGGUUAGAUACAUUAGUAAUGUAGAUUUUUACUUUUGGAUGUGUAACAUAAUGUAAACUACUAAAAGGCCAUUGGAAUAUUUCAUAUGAUUUCAGAAAUUUGCUCCAUGGACUGGUCACAUCAUUUAACGGACUAUAUUUUUAUCACAAGGAAAUUUAAAGACAAUGUAAGAGUUGGAGUAAUUGGUCGUAACAAAGCAAUAUUGCAAUAUGUUAUUUUUAACAUUCGAAAUGGUAGUUAGGUUUUGGGUUUUCAAAGAUUUUUUAAUGGCUUUUUAAUACCCCCAGUUCAUAAUGUACAGCAGUUAUUAUGUCAAGAAGUAUUAUGAACAUUUAUAUAAAUAAACUUUUGACAGUCAUUUUUUUGAGAAUGAGUAAAAAUGUUAAUAACAUACUGUGAUACUGCCUGCAUUUCAUUGAACCUUGUAAGAUGAGAAAACUUGACCACAGAUUACAGGUUUGUUCUUACAACUACAAACCACCUCUUCCCUCUCCUUUCUUUCCACAUUGGAAAAUGAAUGAAUGUUUUUCAUAGCUCCAUGAGGGUGCAGGUACAUCCAGUUUUACAGCAUUUACAAACUAAAAAUUUUGUUGGGAGUUAAUUUUUAUUUUUUGGAGUUUCCUUUUUUUGCAUAUAUGAAUAUUGCAGUAAUUAUUGUUGGGUAUAUUAUUGUGUUUUGAGGCUAUGGUAUCAGGGGUUUCAUUAAGAAUGCAAACUUGCAUCAGUUAAUUAUUUUUAUUUUGGUAUAUUGUUAUUUCUAUUUUUCUUUUACCAACUACGAAUGCGACAGGUAUGCAACAACUUCUGAUCAUUCAGGAAUAAAUAGAUUUUAAUUUUUUAAAGCAUACUAAACUUGGUCAGUGAAUAUUGUAUUUUUAUAAGAUUGUGUGUAAUUGCAUUUGUAUUUUGUGGGGGCUUUAUUACAAAGUAAAUUAGGCAUCAGUAUAUUGUUUGAUGGGAAAUUAAUUUAUGCAGUUGCUUGGGACUCACUUGAAUUGUCUUGAGGUCUAUUUUGGCAGUUUACUUAGAAAAUAAUUAUUGAAUUUCAACUUUGUGCCAUUGAAUGUCUUUUCCUAGCUAUCCCCACACUUGUACGUCAGUGUAUCCUUGCCUGGGGUAGCUGCCAUAUCAUGAAUGUUCAAUGCACGCUCACUUAAAUAGAAACAGAGUUUCAUUUUAAACUGAAUGCAUUAGUAUUGGAUGUGGUACGCAUCAAGUCAUUCAUCAUUGCUACAUUGUAUGGUAAAUUUUCAUAUUCAUUUGACUGAGUUCUUCACAGCUUGGUUACUGUAAGGAGACUGACUACAAGCAUAUUGUACAAACAGCUUUGGAUCAAAGGAUCUUGUAUCCAUAAAGGAAAAAUAACAGGAAGUCUUUUUGUAGGUCACUGUUCUAAGUAUUGCGUAUACAGAGCAUCUUCAAAGAUUUCUAUUGCAUUUGUUUUUUUAAAAUGAGGACUUAGUUUACUUUCAGGUAAUAAUAUACUUGUGUAACCAAAUCCCAGAUGUAAACCUUUGUGCAACAGUAUUAAGUUGACAGUGGUGUUAACAGUUCUGCAGUUAUCAUUAUUUGGCCUUGACUGUUAUAGCUGUAUUGUUAUUGGCUAGUUUCAUUUUGGAUCAAUUCUACAGUAACAUUGCCUGUAAAUGGAACAACACUGUCAUCUGGCAUAUUGUGUUGUAUAUGUUCAGUGUCACUUCAGUUUAAUAAUCUUAAUUGUCAAUGAAGUUGAUGCAAAUGUAUCAUAUCAUUCAGUUCUCACAAAUACAAACGUGAUUGGAAGUAACAUUAUUGGCAGAAAAAGUCCCGGUACAGUAACGGUAAGUGAACCAGAACUCUGUAGCACAUCUGUUAGCUUAAGGUGUGUGUUUGCUUCACUUCAUUGCGUAUAAGGCUAUUUUAUGCCUUAAAAUUUUGGACCUGAAAUUGUUUCAGUGGUUUGUUGUCAGCCUCAAAGUUUUACCAACUACAUUUCUGACAGCAUCCAGUUAGCAGUGGUUGUUGUACCAAGGAUUUAAGAAAAACAGCCUUUCAAGUGUUUCUUGGGUUGCUGUCAUUUGUGUGGAUGUGUGAAAUUUAGCCUUUUUCUGAACCAGUGUUCAGUACAAGUAGAACAUGGCUCGAGUUUCCCUUAAGGAGCUUUUGAACAUUGUCCAGUUGACAUUGAGUCACAAACUGAGGCUAAAGUUGUUACAGCGGUAUCCCAUUUGUGUCUUUUCAUAUUUUGGGGGAACAACUCUGUUAGAGAUUGCAUUUUUAUCAGCUUUAGAGUAAUUAUAUUUUUUACUAUAUGUGAGAAAAAGUUUAAUGUUUAUUAGGUCUUGACUUUAAAGGAAAGUAAUUCUGAUCCACAGCAGUGCAUAUUCACUCAAUUGUGUUUAUUCCCUUAGGAUGUAUUUGCAAGAAUCUUAUGCUAUGUUGGUAUACUGUGGAAAAUGUCUUGUGCUAUUGGAAAUACCGUACAUGUGAAUAAAGUUUUCAAAGAAUUUUUUAUGUGUAUAUAUAGAGGCAGAGCAUUAUAUGAGGGGAAACCUGUGGAGGGUGAGAUCUUUUACAUAAUGAAAACUUUCUGUAUAUUAACGGUUCAGGCCAGAGAAGCAGCAACUAGGGUUUUGUUAGUAAUUUAUUUGCCAACAUUCUGUGAUUUAUUUUCAUGCUUUCAUGUCUUUGGUACCAACAGUGGUAUACUCACAUUUUUAUGAAACAUAUUUAAAUAUAAUCAAAUAAAAAGAAAAAACUCUGAAGGA